GCUAUCUCACUUAAUCUUUUCUUCUCCAUCCUCUGGAGAUCCAAGUUAUCCUCCCAUCCUGCAGGCGAGAAACAUGCAUCUUUGUUACUUUGAUUUCUCAAAAACCAAUAUUAAUGUUAUAUGUGAAUCGUUUCUGUAUGUGGUAUUCAAUUGAAUUCCCUCAUUUGUUUUGUCUUUAUGUUUGAUACUAGUUUGCUCUUUUUUUUCCGUUUCCUCGCAUUAAAGAAGAAGUAAAAAUGUUUGAUCAAUAUAUGCCCAAGGCUUCAAGUUUAGUUAUAAGGUUUUCGAGAAUGGAACAUAUAUACAAAUUGUGACUUUUGGGUUCCCCUUUUGUUAUGACAGUGAGUAGACUGAUGAUCUUGUCUUACAUUACAUGCUAUUCCUAUUCCUAUUCCAGUAGGUAACCAUUUCGGCAUGAAAGCCAAAGCCACUCGAGUUUGCAUCAAGAGGCUCAACACAGCCACACAAUAUGAAGAUGCCACUGAGAAUGAAUCCAGAAGCAGGGCUCUUGAUAAGGUUGGUAGUAUGGAAAGAAGAAUCAAUUCCACGAAAGCUUCAGUCAUACGAAUUGGGAAAAUGAUAGAGAAAGUGCAUUUGGAGGUGAAUGUAUAUAUUGAGAUAAAGGCUAUAUUUGGCGAAAUUAUGGGUGACCAGUCUGUGAUGAUCGAGGAACUUGAACAACUGACGGAAGAGCUGAUCGACAUGGAAGCCAUCAUUCCUUCAGUUAGUGUCGUUGAUGCGAAUGUCAACUUCGGUUUCAACCGUCAUCCGAUCUUUAUGGCUAAACUCAUCCACAAAACUCAAGCAGUCACUCAACAGCUAAGCAGCACCAAAGCCUUGAUUCAGGAUAUUAUCAGAUCCAUCAACAAAAAAAGGGGUAUUUGAUGAUGAUGCUCAAUUUCUCUGCAAUCUUGUUGCUGUGCCUGCUCUGCAGAUAUUCGCAUUUUUGCAGCCAAGAUUUUCUACAUUAUGCUUAUAUGAUGAUUAUCACUUUUGUCGCCAAUACAUUCUACAUUUAUGCCUUCUAUAUAAAUUACUCCCUUCACUUUCUA